AUGAACCCUUCUUCCAACGAGACACAAGUCCCUGGCCGUGGCAAGGCCAACGGUUGGUCGACGGAUCUAUGCGAGUGUUGGACGGACAUAAACUCAUGCUGCUUGACUUGUUGGUGUCCGUGCGUUGCCUUUGGACGCAUCGCGGAGGUUGUAGACAGAGGAUCAACGUCUUGUGGUGUGAGUGGAGCCAUGUACAUGAUCAUCUUCAUGUUGACUGGAUACGGAGGGAGUAGUCUCUACUCUUGCUUUUACCGAACCAAACUCCGAGCACAGUACAAUCUCAAGGAGAGACCUUGUUGUGAUUGUUGCGUCCACUUUUGCUGCGAGCCGUGCGCUCUUUGUCAAGAGUAUAGGCAACUUCAACACAAGAGUGCAUUGGACUUGUCUAUUGGGUGGCAUGGGAAUGUGGAACGCCAGGCACGUGUGGCUGCGUCUGCGUCUGCGGUUCCUCCAUCGCUUCAACCGCCAAUGUCUAGGUUAAACUAG